GAAUACACCGCCUUCUUCUCCGUUUCUCUCUCUAAAACCCUUCUCUCAACCUCGCCGCAGUUCUUCCCUUCUUAUUUAUGGACAAAGGGUGGGGUCUCACCCUCGAUUCUGAUCCCGCCAUUCCUUUCUUCACCAAGAAGCUGAAGUCGCCGUCGUCGCCUUCUGUCAAUCACCCUUUCUUCGGUCUCAAGCGAGAAAUGUUUCAGUUCCCUGUCGGUCUCGGCGCCUCCCGCGAGGACCCUCCCUCUGAUACUACUUCUCCGCCUUCCGACGGCAACCGUGUACCCGAGGUUGACUUCUUCUCUAAUAACAAGAAUAGGGUCGUCGCCGCCGUUGAUCAUGACCAUGAUAAGGAUAGCAAAACCCCCUCUAGAGUUAAUGUCAAGAAGGAGAAUUCCCAUAGCGACGCCGGUCCAAGUGCCGAUAUUGACCAUGUAAAUACUGGGUUGCAUCUUCUCACUGCUAACACUGGAAGUGAUCAAUCAACGGUUGAUGAUGGCGUAUCAUCGGAAAUGGAAGACAAACGAUCUAAGAGUGAGCUAGCUCAAUUACAAGUAGAAUUGCAACGGAUGAAUGCAGAAAAUCAAAGGCUGAGAGAAAUGGUUAGUCAAGUAAGCACCAAUUACAGCUCUCUACAGAUGCAUUUCAUGGCCUUAAUGCAACAGCAACAGAAUCACGCAACCGAGAGCCGCCAAGAACAUGAGGUUCUUGAUGGGAAAUCGGAAGAGAAGAAGCAUGGGGUGGUGGUACCAAGGCAAUUUAUAGAUCUAGGGCCAUCAGGAACGGCGGAGACUGACGAUCUGUCUCAUUCUUCGUCUGAAGAAAGGACGCGUUCCGGGUCACCUUCGAACAAUAUAGAGGCGGUAUCCAAGGAUUAUGUUAAGAGCAAUGGUAAGAACGAGAUUACUCCAUUUGAUCAAGACACCUCUAGUCUCCGGAAUGGUAAGAGAAGAGGGGAAAGCCCUGAACCUGAAGGUUGGGGUAAUAACAAAGUUCAGAAACCGAAUCCUGCUGCUAAGGGUACUGUUGAUCAGUCCACCGAGGCCACCAUGAGGAAAGCUCGUGUCUCAGUUCGAGCUCGAUCAGAAGCUCCCAUGAUUUCUGAUGGGUGUCAAUGGAGAAAAUAUGGACAAAAGAUGGCUAAGGGAAACCCAUGUCCACGAGCUUAUUAUCGUUGUACCAUGGCAGUUGGUUGUCCUGUUCGCAAACAAGUUCAACGUUGUGCGGAGGAUAGAACAAUCUUAAUAACUACUUAUGAAGGCAAUCACAAUCAUCCACUUCCCCCUGCUGCAAUGGCAAUGGCAUCAACAACAGCAGCAGCUGCUAGCAUGUUGCUUUCGGGUUCAAUGUCCAGCGCAGAUGGGCUAAUGAACCCUAAUUUGCUAGCAAGAGCUAUCCUUCCUUGCUCCACAAGCAUGGCAACCAUCUCAGCUUCUGCUCCAUUCCCAACUGUCACAUUAGACCUCACUCAUUCACCUAACCCUCUGCAAUUCCAAAGACCUCCAACCCCAUUCCAGCUCCCUUUUCCAGCCCAGCCCCAGAACCUUGGCUCCGUCUCAGCCCCACAAUUGCCUCAGAUUUUUGGUCAAGCACUCUACAACCAGUCAAAAUUCUCCGGUUUGCAAUUAUCGCAAGACAUAGGAUCUUCCCAAUUAACCCACCAAGCUCCUCCAGCCCAACUCCACCAACCACAGCCUCCCACCCUGGCUGACACUGUUAGUGCCGCCACAGCAGCCAUCACGGCCGACCCCAACUUCACCGCCGCCCUCGCAGCCGCCAUCUCCUCCAUAAUUGGUGGCGCUCAUCCUAGUAACAGCAACACCUCCAACACCAACAACAGCAAUCCCAACAAGCAAUAAGAUCAGCACUUUCCCUGUCCCUCAUUGUUAAUGUUCUUUUUUUCUUUUUUUCUUUCUUUUUGUGAGAAAGAGAUCAACUUAGAUUUUACGUGUUCAUAUUUUGUCAUUAUGGGGAGGGUCAAUAGGAAACAAAACCAAAUGUACUUCAUUUUUUCUUGACAUUCUUGUUAUUUCAUUUCCUAAUAAUUUCAUUCAAAUUAC